AUGGAUGUGUUGGAUUUCGACCAGCGAAGAAGGAACGAGGGGAUUGCUGAGCAGGGGCGACAGCAUGAGCAAAGGUCAACCACGGCGUAUGCUGGCCUCACGGUGCCUCUCAUCGUGAUAAGCGUGUUCUGGGGCUUCGUCGGCUUCCUGGUGCCCUGGUUCAUCCCAAAGGCUCCCAACCGGGGACUCAGUAUCACCAUGUUGGUGACCUCUUCCGUUUGCUGCUAUCUCUUUUGGCUGAUUGCAAUCCUGGCCCAACUCAACCCUCUCUUUGCACCACAGUUGAAAAAUGAAACCAUCUGGUACCUCAAGCAUCAUUGA